GCUUCAUUCCCAUACAAGCUUAACCUCACUCAAUUUCUCUUCUCCUUCCAUUAUUUCUCUCUAUUUUAGACUCUUCUAUAACACAACUCUCUCUGGUUAUAAACGCUGCCGUUUAGUCUCACAACUUGGGUGAUCUUUUGGAGUUGUAGGAGCCCUUACACCUUGCACUCUCAUUUCACCAUUCCCAAGGGCUCCUUCCACGCAAUAGCUCCAAGCUGAUCUCAGAUUGAUACAUCAUUUAUUCCACUUAAUCACUAUUCAAUAAGGAAAUGGCUUUAUGAAAAUUUCAUUUCACAAAAGUGAAUUGAAGAUAUAAAUUUCUAAUUUUGCACUUUGAAGAAUCUUGAAAAAUAUUUUGACAGAAAAGAUGGGAGAGAUGUCAAACUUCCAAUUGGGUGUUAUUGGUGCACUAUUUCUCUCAGUGGCUUCUUCUGUAUCCAUUGUGAUCUGCAACAAAGCCUUGAUGAGCAAUCUUGGCUUCCCUUUCGCCACAACACUUACUAGUUGGCAUUUGAUGGUCACAUUUUGCACCCUUCAUGCUGCUCAACGUUUGAAUCUAUUCGUGUCCAAAUCCAUUGACUUGAAAACUGUCAUGCUUUUUGGUAUUCUAAAUGGAGUCUCCAUUGGAUUUCUCAACUUGAGUCUGGGCUUUAAUUCCAUUGGAUUCUACCAGAUGACAAAACUUGCAAUCAUACCAUUCACCGUAUUAUUAGAAACCCUUUUCCUAAAGAAGCAAUUCAGCACGAAAAUAAAAUUCUCUUUAUUCCUAUUACUUGUGGGAGUUGGUAUUGCUUCUAUCACAGAUCUUCAGCUCAAUUUUGUGGGAACCAUUCUUUCCCUUCUAGCAAUCAUAACCACAUGUGUUGGCCAAAUUCUGACCAACACAAUUCAGAAGAAGCUUAACGUCUCUUCCACACAGCUUCUCUACCAGUCUGCUCCAUUCCAAGCAGCGAUUCUUUUUGUUUCAGGUCCUGUUGUGGAUCAGAUGCUCACCAAGCAAAAUGUCUUUGCCUACAAAUAUUCUCCUGUUGUCUUGGCAUUCAUCAUCUUGUCUUGCUUGAUAGCUGUUUCUGUGAACUUCAGCACAUUUUUGGUGAUAGGCAAAACAUCUCCUGUUACUUAUCAAGUGCUAGGCCACCUCAAGACGUGCCUUGUUCUAGGAUUUGGCUACACAUUACUCCAUGACCCUUUCACCGGAAGGAACAUUAUUGGAAUACUUGUUGCCAUUUUUGGGAUGGGUUUGUACUCUUAUUUCUGCACUGAGGAGAACAAAAAGAAACAAUUACCUAGUGAUCUCCCAUUGGCCUCUCAGGUCAAAGACAAAGAUAGCUCACCCCUUUUGGCCGGGAAAAACGUGGGUAAUCAGAACGACGAAAAUCAUGAAACUAAGAAAUUAAACAAGGAUUCUGUUAUUUGAAAGAACAUGCUCCAUCUCUUUAAUUUUGAGAUCUCGUAUAUUUUGGGGUUCUUUCAAUUUCUAGGGAACUUGUAAUGAGUGUAAAUCAAAUUUGUUUAAUAAGUUUUGUGUAACUUUAAGUCGGUGCAUUUCCUUUACCAACCAUAUAUUCGUUAAACUACAGGAAAUUCAAAUUUCAUAAAAUUGUAAUCCCUUUUUUGUGUCAAUGAAAAGGUAGACAUCAAUUAUUUUGAUA